AUGUUCUACACUAAUGUAACAAGGAUAAAAUAUUUCUUCAUCACUGGAUUUCCUGGACUUUCACCAGAGCAUUAUGGUCCCGUGUCAACCCUGCUUUUCAUACUGUUCUUGGCUAUAGCUGUAGGAAAUAUUUUUAUUUUAGUGUUUGUCAAACGUGAAAGGUCUCUUCACAAACCCACAUAUCUGAUAUUUUGCCACCUUGCAUUAACUGACUUAGCGUUUGGGACUGUUACGCUGCCAAAGAUUAUAUCAAAAUACUGGUUUAAUGACAGCAUUAUUUCAUUUUACAGUUGCUUCGCACAAAUGUAUUUUGUUCAUUUUUUAGGGGCAGCUCAUUCUUUCAUCCUGAUGGUGAUGGCUCUUGAUCGUUUUAUUGCAGUUUGUGCUCCACUGCGUUACGCAACUCUUUUCACAAACACCACAGUUUCUGUGCUUUGUGGAAUAUCAUGGUUUAUGCCAAUAUCAUGGAUGGUGGGUAUAGUUUUAGAUGCUCUUACAUUGCCUUUUUGUAAUUCAAACAUAAUUGUACAGUGCUAUUGUGACCAUAUAGCCAUAACAGCACUUGGAUGUGAGAAUGUGCGAGAAGUUCAGGUAGUUGCAUUUAGUCUGGCCAUGUUCAGUUUGCUGGUGCCUCUGGGUUUUAUCAUAUUCUCUUAUUUUGUCAUCAUUGUUGCUGUUAUGCGCAUGUCCAGCUCCGAGGGCCGCAUUAGGACUCUGUCUACCUGCACCCCACAGCUCCUCAUCACAUUUCUUUAUUAUAUGCCAAGAUGCUUUGUGUACCUGGCAAAUAAUGUAGGAUUCACAUUCAGUGUUCCAGUUCGCAUUGUUGUUGUGAUGCUGUACAGUCUUUUGCCUGCUGCUGUCAACCCAGUAAUAUACUGUUUCAAAACCAAGGAUAUCAAAGAAAACUUGAAAAAGAAAUUCUUGAAUAGGAAAAUUAAUGUUAUCACAAAAACUGGAUAA